AUGGCGAAUAGGAUGAAGCCACUGAUGGGAGGAAUAAUCUCAGAGUCCCAGAGUGCGUUUAUCCCGGGGCGUUUGAUUACAGAUAAUAUCUUGGUAGCAGCAGAAGUGGGGCACUAUUUAAAUAGGAAACAAUGUGGCCGUGCAGGGUGGAGUGCACUAAAACUGGAUAUGUCAAAAGCUUAUGACAGAAUGGAAUGGCUUUUCUUGAGGAGGAUGAUGACUGUUAUGGGUUUUGAUGAUAAGUGGAUCCGGCUUAUUAUGCUGUGUGUUACCACAGUUAGGUAUUCGGUCAUGAUAAAUGGAGAUGUAGGGGGAUGUGUAACCCCAACUCGCGGACUCAGGCAGGGAGAUCCUCUUUCUCCCUAUUUAUUUAUUAUUUGUGCGGAGGGGCUUUCAAUGCUAUUACAGAAGGCACAUAUGGAUGGGGCUAUACAUGGGUGUAGGGUGGCUAGAGGGGCACCACCGGUCUCACAUUUGUUUUUUGCAAAUGACAGCCUGUUGUUUUUCAAAGCUAAUAUUCAGGAAGCAGCUGUUAUUAAACAAUGCCUGAUUAGAUAUGAGAAAUUGUCUGGCCAAGUGGUGAAUUAUAAUAAAUCAAGUAUUUGCCUUAGCAGGAAUACCCAGAUGCCGCAGAGAGAACAGGUGGCGUGGUGUUUGGGAGUGGAGCUAGCAUCCAGUUUUGGAAAAUAUCUUGGGCUUCCUUCCUUUAUAGGAAGAAAUAAAAGGGCUGUAUUUGCAUAUGUAGAAGAUAAAAUCAGGCAGAAAAUUGGUUCAUGGAAUAAAAAAAUGCUCUCACGGGCUGGGAAGGAGGUGCUCUUGAAAAGUGUGGCUCAGUCUAUGCCUACAUUCUCCAUGAGUGUUUUUUUAUUACCUGAAUCAGUGUGUUUAUCUAUAGAGCGUACUAUGAACAAAUUUUGGUGGGGAACAGGUGCGGAUCGUGGAAUACAUUGGAAGGCUUUGGAUAAAUUAUGUAUCCCUAAGAAAUAUGGAGGAUUAGGUUUUAAGGAUCUUCGUGCGUUUAAUCUGGCCAUGCUAGGGAAACAGGCAUGGAGAUUUCUUACUGAACCAACCACUUUGGUAGCAAGAAUUUAUAAGGCUCGAUAUUAUCCUACGACCACUUUUGUUGAUGCUACCAUAGGGAAUUGCCCAAGUUACUGCUGGCGAAGUAUUAUGGCCACCCAUGAUCUAGUCUGCGCCGGUGUGCACCGAAGAAUUGGAAACGGUAGGAAUACAUUGAUAUGGGGACACCCUUGGUUGUCUGAUGAUCCUAGUCCUUUGGUCCAAACACACAUGCCUGAUGAGUUAAGAGAAGCAUUAGUGAUUGGUCUGAUAGAUCAAAAUACGAAUACCUGGGAUCCACAUAUUCUCAAUGAUUUAUUUAUUCUUGAGGAUGCAGCCCGGAUUUCAAGAAUACCUGUAAGCCCAGAUUAUGAUGACACAUGGUAUUGGAUGGGGGACACACAAGGAAUAUACACGGUUAAGAAUGCCUACAGGCAUAUUAUGGGAGAUUAUUCUGAUAACCCAGGGGCUUUUGAUAAAUGGGUUACAUUAUGGAAGUUAAAAGUGCCACCCAAAUGGAAAACCUUUUUAUGGAGGGCUGUGUCUGGCAUACUCCCCACCACUGAUAAUUUGAUUAUUAAAAGAGUGGAGGUGGAUCCUAUAUGUCCGAUGUGUUGCUUUGCACAAGAGAAUAUUAUGCAUGCACUGAUUUUAUGUGAUUAUUCUAAAAUGGUUUGGAAUAUUUCGGGAUUACCUGUCACGAAUAUUCUAACUAAUCUAUUCCAAUCAUGGUUCGUAGGCGUGCUGAACUCGUUGACGGAAGGGCAAGUAAGGCUGGCCGUGGGAAUUUUAUACUAUUUAUGGCAUGCCCGGAAUUCGGCAGUAUGGGAGAAGACUUUGCCACGGCCUGCAUCCACGGUGAAGAGGGUGGUGAGGACCGAGGAGACGUUCACCAAGCUUGGACGCGCAACAUAUCAACCUCCUGCCACCGUGAUGCUUGAAGACGAUGCACAAAAUCGGCUGAGGUGUUUCUUCGAUGCUGGCUACAGACAUCACACAGGAGAAGCGACAUAUGGAGUUGUGCUACUCAAUCACGAUGGUGUUUUUGUGGCGGCCACGGCUGGAACACUCCCUGGUGGUUUUUCACCUAUUAUGGCGGAAGCUCUUGCGUGCAAGGAAGCCCUAUCAUGGCUUAAAGGGCGCGAUACACGGAUGGUUGAUCUACUCACAGAUUGCAUAGAGUUGCGAAACAUGAUACAAUCAAGAAGUACGGGAACUCGAUCUUAUGUUGGGGUCAUUGCUGACCAGUGCAGGACAUCUAUGUCGUUAUUUACAUAUUGCUCUUUAAAUUAUAUUUCCAGAGCUGUUAAUAUGCAUGCUCAUACACUAGCUUCGUUAGCAUUCGAUCAGGACCAGCCUAUGUAUUGGGACGUCGUCCCUCCUGACUCUAUUACUAUGUUCGUUCAUUAA